AUGAUAACAGUCUUUGUUCUAGUAUUCCUGCGCGUAAGAACACCAAAAGUCCGGUUUGGAUCCCUGACCGUCGAAGCGCUAACGUUAAAUUCCACAACGUCGACUCAGCCGUCUCUCAGCAUGAGGCUCAACACUCAAGUGACGGUAAAAAAUACGAAUUUCGGGGAAUUCAAAUUCUCUGAAAGCGCGAUUUCAAUAGUUUACCGGGGGAACGUAGUCGGCAGUGGCGUGAUUACCGGGUCGGGUGCCGGAGCGCGGUCCACUAAGAAACUGAACGUGACGGUGGAUGUGGAGUCGAAGAAGGAUCCGUUGCUGGGCAGAGACCUGAAUUCGGGUAGGGUCACGGUGUCCAGCCAUGCAACGUUGGAAGGAAGGGUUCAUCUGUUUAUGAUUGUUAAAAAGAAGAAGACGGGAACCAUGAAUUGUACUAUGGAUGUGGAUACGAGGAAGCGUGCCGUUGCCAACUUCAAUUGCAAUUAA